AAUACAUAUUAAUUAUAUUAUAUCUAUAUAUAUAAACAGUUGGCUUUCAUUUACAUUAUUUCUCUCUCUUUCUUGUUUGUUCUCCUUACAGUUUUCAGUUUUCACACACCACCCCCCCUCCCUCCCUUUCCCUCUCCCUCUCCAAAAUUCUUAUUACCAUGGGAGAUCAGUUUCCCAAGAUGGAAACCUUCAUGCCAAAGGAUUUUCCAUCUUAUUUUCCAGGAAUAGCAACUGGGUCUAAUUUUCUUGGUGAUCCAAACAUCUGGAAUGCUCCGACUCAUCAUCAAAAUCAAGGAUCAAAAUCACUAGUGUCAUCUUCUCCUGAUGAUCAAUCUUCUGUCAACCCCUCUGGAAGUACUCCAUGCUCAUCAGAUGUCCAACAAAAUGCCAUUCCUGUUAAUUUCUUGAAAAUGUUUCCUGAGCUUAGCAGAGCUCAAGUUUCUGAAUUACCAUUAGAUUCUCCUCCAUCAUCAUCAUCAUCAAAAUUCCCAAAUUUGACUCUGUUUUUGCAAGAACCAACCAUCUUAGAUCAUCUAUCAUCAUCAUCACCAAAAAAUGAACCUAUUCCAUCUUCUUCAUUCCAAAUCCCCCAACAACUUAGUCAAGUACCAGACAUGGAUUGGCUGCGAGUCCAUCAAAAUCUAUCAAAUUUCCCAUCGAAAGGCUUCAAUGAUUACUGGCUAAGCACAACAAAGACACAGCCAAUGAAGUACACAGGAAGGAAACUCCAUAACCAUCAUCAAAAUAAGGUAAACUCACCAUCAUUUUCAUCAUCAUCAUCAUCGUCUUCGUCGUCUCCGGGAAAGCUUUUUCGAGGAGUGAGACAGAGGCACUGGGGAAAAUGGGUAGCAGAGAUAAGAUUACCAAGAAACAGGACAAGGGUUUGGUUAGGCACUUUUGAUACUGCAGAGGAAGCCGCCAUGGCUUACGAUACCGCAGCUUACAUUCUGAGAGGUGAAUAUGCUCAUUUGAACUUCCCUGAUUUGAAACACCAGCUCAAGUCCAACUCUCUGAAUGGAAACACAGCUGCUCUUCUUGAAGCUAAGCUACAAGCAAUUUCACAAGGCAUUAAUUCUUCAUCUUCUUCUUCUUCUACUUCUUCUUCUUCUUCUCGUUGUCAAAAUUCUAAGAAGCAAUAUUCUGUGGUUGAUCAAUCUUCUUCUUCACCACCUACUUCUAUAAAGAAGGAGCAGAACUUGAAAAUGAACAACAAUGGUUUUUUGGCCCAGAAUUCAAUGAGGAAAGAGUGGCAGUUUGGAUUGAUGGAAAACAAAGUUGGAGAAAAUGACGAGAAUAUGAAUGACAAUGGUAAGAAAAGCGAGGAUUUAGUAACAGCAGAUGUGGAAGCUGUUCAGUUGAGUAGAAUGCCAUCCUUGGACAUGGAUAUAAUUUGGGAUGCUCUUUUGGUCUCUGAUACAUGAAUCAAAAUAAUAGCCAUGGGCUAUGUCCUUAGCUUUUUUUGGUUACUUUUUGUGUGGAAUACAAAAUAUUUGAAACCAUGAUUCCACAAACUAUGUUUUUUGUUCUUUUUUUUUUCGUUCUUCUUUUGUUUAGAUAGCAUAAAAGUUUUUAUUUUCUUUUCUUUAUGCAGGAAGACCAAAAGUUUGUUAUUUUUGCCCAUCAAUGGUCAGAUUUCACAACAUA